UCUGAAACGCGUUCUUUCCUCCGCCAGCUCGGCUGAAGAAGACUAUCGGUUUAUUUCGGUUGUUUUCCGCCCUUCGGGGGUUUUGCCGAGAGCCGAGCGGCAGGCAGGGUGCGCGAGAGGCGGAUGCUGCGAGGGCAGAGCCGGGUACCAGCCAGGACCACCUCCGCCCUCAUCACGAUGGACACAAUGAAUUUUCUCUCCUUCCUCCUCCUUUGCUUGACUUCGGUUGCCAGUGGCAACAAAGCCAAUAAGCACAAGCCAUGGAUCGAGACAGAGUACCAGGGCAUUGUCAUGGAGAACGACAACACCGUACUGCUCAAUCCCCCACUCUUUGCCUUGGACAAAGAUGCUCCACUGCACUAUGCUGGGGAGAUUUGUGGCUUUCGGGUACAUAAUGGCCCAUCUGGUUCAGGUUCAGUCCAGUUUGAGGCAGUGGUUCUCGACCGUUCCACUGGCGAGGGUUUGGUUCGGUCCAAGGAGCCACUGGAUUGUGAGAGCCAGCGAGAACACAGCUUCACCAUCCAGGCCUACGACUGCGGAGAAGGUCCUGACGGAGUCAACAGCAAGAAGUCCCACAAAGCCACUGUGCAUGUUCGUGUGAACGACGUCAAUGAGUUCUCCCCAGUGUUCGUUGAGCGUCGCUAUGAGGCUUCAGUCCCAGAAGGGCGUCUGUUUGACCGAAUUGUGCGUGUUGAGGCUUUGGAUGCUGAUUGCUCCCCACAGUACAGUCAGAUUUGCUUCUAUGACAUCAUCACUCCCAAUGUGCCCUUUGCUAUUGACAAUGAUGGUAACAUUAAGAACACAGAGCCGUUGGAUUCAAAGCGUCAGCGUGUUCACACCUUCUGGGUGACCGCCUUUGACUGUGGAAAGAAUCGUGCUCAAGCUGAUGCCCAAGUCGUUGUUACGGUCAAGCCGUCCUGCAAACCUGGUUGGAUCGGAUGGACCAAGCGUGUCGAGUACACCCCUGGGUCAGGUAGCAUCCCCUUGUUUCCCAGUUUGCAUUUGGAGACUUGUGAAGAGACUGUGUGGAACAUUCAGGCCACUGUAGAGCUCCAGACUGGCCACAUUGGGAAGGGGUGUGACAGAGACAGCUAUUCUGACAGAUCAGUACGACGACUGUGUGGUGCUGUAAGAGGUGAGGUGGAGCUCCUUCCACCUCCAUCUCCUGCAGCCAACUGGACCUCAGCUCUGCCAACCCUCCCCUCAUCAGAUUCAUCCUUGGUUUUCUCUUUUAAUGGAACCAGCCAUGUUGCCGUAGUACCUGAUUCAGUUGUCACAGCAUUAUCGGGUGACCACUUCACCCUCCAGUUGUGGAUGCGAAGGGGUGGAGCCAACAUUCAACCUGUAACCACUCAGACCAGAGGAAGCCGCAAGGAGGAGGAGAUUAUUGUGUGCAGUACCGUCAAAAAUGAUGACUCCUUUUCCCACUACUCCCUCUCCGUCCACGGCUGCCGCCUCUCUCUCUUCUACUGGCCUGACGUCACAGCCGCUCGACCUGUCAAGUUCCUUUGGAAACUGGAGCAGGUUUGUGACAGUGAGUGGCACCAUCUUUCACUUAGUGUCCAGUUCCCCUCCGUGACACUGUAUGUAGAUGGUGUUACCUUUGACCCUGCCCUCAUCCAUGACAACGGAGCCAUCCCCAACCCCGAACCCCGCCAGAGAAUGUUCAUUGGCGCCUGCUGGGAGCCAGAAGAAAAGCAGAAGGAGAUUCUAAACAACACCAUCCCAGAGGACAAGGACUCAGUGAAGUAUGUGGGGGGUUACCAUGGCUUGUUGUCGGGGGUGACUGUGCGUCCCGGCAGCGUGGAGCCACACAGUGUGGUGGAGUGUCUGUAUGCGUGCAGAGAAGGUCUGGACUUUGGCGACCUGGAGACAUUGGGCUCUGGUAUGAAGGUUCAUGUGAACCCAAGCCAAUCGGUGCUUGUGCUGGAGGGAGAUGACAUCGAGAGCUUUAAUCGCGCUGUGCAGCAAGUCACCUACAGAAACUCUCUACGCUUUGCAACCCCUGGAGUCCGGCCUCUCAAGCUUACCACCUCACUCAGAUGUUUUAAUGAGGAAAGUUGCCUGUCCCUCAAACAGCUAGAGGGUUACCUGGUGGUCCUCCAGCCUGAUGCCCCUCAGAUUUCUCUCUCUGGGGUUGGCCCUCACCUGGCACGUCCAGCUCCUGAGUUUGAAGGUCCUCGUGGUGUCCCUCUCUUCCCAGAGCUACGGAUAGUCUGUUCAUUGUCUCAUGCUGUCAACACAGCUGCACAGGGGAUGGAGGGUGGAGCUCUAAUGUCAGAUGCUGUGGCUCACACUUUGGAUGGCUGUGAGGUACAGCCUCUGGGGGAGGAGCUAAACCCAGAGAAAGAGGAGCUUCUGGUGGACAUGGAUGUUGUGCGUGAAAGAGGACUGGAAAUUAUCAAUACUACUGCUUACAUUGCAAUUACAGGUGCUGAAUCCAUCUCUGUGUAUGAAGAUGUCCUUCGCUCAGUCAGAUACCGACUGGCCAAAGGCUCAGCCCGCUUUGAGAGGAGGUUCCGGUUGUCUUGCUCUGAGAUGAAUGGCCGGUACACCAGCAAUGAAUUGACUUUGGAGGUGAACUUCCUUCACUCUCUAGACAGUCUGUACCAUCCGUCCCACCUGCUGGCCUCCCAGCAGCAAUUUCUCCAUCCAUCCCACCACGCUGGGGAGUUAAGCGGACACACACUGCCCAAUCCACAUCGCAACUCAGUGGUGCCGGGCGCUGCUACCGUCAUCAUCAUGGUGUGUGUGGGAUUUCUCGUUGUUAUGGUGAUCCUUGGCAUUUUCCGAAUUCGCUCCAUCCAUCGCCGGGAAGAGGGUACAAGAGACGGGGCUAAGGAUGGUGGCAGCCAAUGGGACGACUCUGCUCUCACCAUCAUCGUCAACCCUAUGGAGUCCUAUGAGUCUCGUAUGGGCGUCUCUGCGGAUACUGAGGGAGAGGGGGAGGAGGAGGAUGAGGAGGUGGCAGAGUCACCCGAUGAUGCUACUGAUGACCAACGAAUCAUCAUUAAGAAGGAAGGAAGAGAUGGCAACACCCGUCGCUACUGAGCCACGUGUAUCUGUCUGCACCAGUUCUCAUGGAAACCAUAAAACCGGUUCACCAGUCACAUGCACACAACACUUUUAAUAUCAGCGACUACUGAUGCCACUAGUAUAAGGAAUGUAUGCUUACAGACAUGACACACAGCACAGUCACUGUAAUAAUCUGACACAUGACACUGUAUGUGACCUAUAGUCAACAACGGGCAGUUGUUCUCCACCUAAGUGUUCAAUGGCACAAUGUAUACUGUCAAUGUCAUUUAACUGCCUGAACAAACCGCACAGAAACUGUAUGUAGUACACCAGUUCUAAAUCGAAAGAUGGUAGUGUCUUUAUAGUGUAACACUGGUCGAAUGAGUCUGCUCCCCCCACCCCAAACAACAACAACAAAAUGAUUGUCUUUUAUUAUCAAACACAGAAUGAAAUCUUUAUAAAAUUACUCCUAGAACAAUCUGCAGCAUUCUGGCGUUGAAUAGAGGUAUAGGCAGACACAUCACGUCUCUGCGCUCCUUCAGACUGACUGCAGAACUCUGCACAAGCGCUUUCUCCCGCUUUGAAUUCUGUCUUCGUACAGAG